CUCCCAGAGUUUGAUCCAAAAUGGCGUCCGCGCAGUUAACGGAUGAGGAGCUUUUCUCUGAGCUGAAGCGCCUCGGCUUUAUCGCCGGCCCGGUCACCGAACACACCCGGCCCGUUUACCUGAAGAAACUGAAAAAGCUCCGCGAAGAGCACCUGGAACAGCAGCGGGGCAGUUUACGGCAAAGUAAGACGCAGACCAAGACUCGGAGUGCGGCUCUAAACAACAACAGUACCAGCCCGAGCGGCGCCAACAGCAGGCCAGCGGGCUCUCGGCCAGCCAGACCCGGCCGGAAGUCCGCUGUGCUCGGCUUCAGCUCCGACGAAUCAGACGCCGAAGCUCCGCAGAAAAGGAAAGGCCUAAAUCACGGCGCUAAGGCGAAUAAAGGCUCUGGUUUAUCUCCGUCUCCAAACGCAAGACUCAACCCACAGAUAAGUUCUGCUAACGCGAGUUUAAGCGACACUGGAAAUGUGCGGAAAAGCGGCGGCGGUAAUCCCACUUUUGCUAGCCCGCGAAGCGUGUCUCUGAGCUGGGCGAACCGAGCCAAAACCAGCGCCACAGAGGAGGACGGAGCCAACGACGAAUCCGGGGAAGAGGACGACUGUGAUGGGGACCAGGGGCAGGUCAAAUCCCGCUCUUUAAACGGGAGCAGGACCUCGCAUUUGGGCGCAAUUAAACCCAAGCAAAUCGGGGACUACUCCGACUCCGACGAGGAAGAGGGGGCUGGGGGCAACGGCAGACCGAGCCCUCCCCAGGACCCGGGACAGCCUCGCAGAGUCCUCAACCGAGCCUCGUACACGUUUAAAGAGGUCAGACCCAGCGGCCCAGACAUGGUCUCUCUGCGGAGGGACGAGCUGGAGCUGGGGCCUACCCGACGAGAGCCCAUAGGAGCCUCCAAACCGGGCCACAACUUCUCCAGAAACUACUCCGAAAACCACGGGACCGACGCGGACACCAACAACCACGUUUCCGGGAGAGAGCCGAGGGAUGGCGGGGUUUAUUCCUACACAAACUCGGGGCUGAGGUCUCGAUUUUCCGCCUACAGCAGCGUGUCUCCACAGAGUUACAGAGGGACUUACUCCAACCACAGCCGCAGCGUGGGGCAGCGGCGGCCGGGCCCAGACGAGGAGCUCCUGCAGCAGUUCAGACGGGAGGGCGAGACGGCGUCCUCCGGCAGGUUCAGCGCUCACUACCUGUCCAUGUGUCUGCUCACCGCCGCCUGCCUCUUCUUCCUGACGCUCGGGUUCAUGUACCUGAGGAUGAGGGGCGCGUCGGAGAGCGAUACGGCCGUUUGGAGCCAUCCCUUUGGCCGUGAGUUUGACGAGACUUAUAAUGAGACGGAGAGAGCCCUCAUUUUGAAUCUGAUUCUGCGUCUUCAUGACCAGCUGGCCUUAGUCGCAGGAGACUACGACUGUGGAAACCAGCAGAACGUGAGCAGGAGUGUGUCCAUAGACGAGGCCACAGCCUUUUUACAGACGCAGAAUGAGAAGUUUGACAGUUUUUUCGUUGUUUCUCUGGAGUGGAUCCUGAAGACGAGUCAGGACGUGGUGGGAAUCAGGCUGCUGGGAGCAGAGUCGAGCGAGCCCCUCACUGAUGUGUCUGAGGUCCUCCGACUGGAGUCCACACAUCCCAGAAUGCCGUUCACCUGCAGAUUCAGACGAGCUUUCUUCUCCGUCAUCAACAAAGUUCUGCUCAUCGCUGCAGUGGUGGGCGGGGCCUGGGGCGUGGUCUGUUAUGUGAAGUUUCACUGGAGACGAGAGGAGGAGGAGACACGGCGAAUGUACGACAUGGUGGAGCGCAUCAUUGAUGUUCUGAGGAGCCACAGUGAGGCCUGUCAAGAGAACCAGGAACUGCAGCCAUUUCUGCCCAUCCCCCACGUCCGGGACUCCCUGGUCCAGCCCCAGGACAGAAAAAAGAUGAAGAAGGUUUGGGAUCGCGCCGUAAAGUUCCUCUCCGCUAACGAGUCCAGGAUCCGGACCGAGACCCAGCUCAUUGGGGGGGCGGACUUCCUGGUCUGGAGGUGGAUCCAACCUUCACUGGGAGACAAGAACACACUGUCCUGCUCCAAAGUGUGGCAGGGCAAAGCUUUUCCGCUGGAUCGAAGGAAUUCUCCUCCGAACAGCCUGACGCCGUGUUUGAAGAUCAGGAACAUGUUCGACCCGGUCAUGGAGGUGGGAGAAAACUGGGACCUGGCCAUUCACGAAGCGAUUCUGGAAAAGUGCAGCGACAACAACGGCAUCGUGCACAUCGCAGUGGACAAGAACUCCAGAGAGGGCUGUGUGUACGUGAAGUGUCUGUCUGCGGAGCACUCGGGGAAGGCCUUCAAAGCUCUGCAUGGCUCCUGGUUCGACGGUAAACUGGUGACCGUCAAGUACCUGCGAUUGGACCGGUACCACCAGCGCUUCCCACAGGCCCAAAACUGUACUACACCUCUCCACAGCGCCAGACUCCACAGCGCCUCCACCUGCUCCUCCUGAGAACUGCACCUCUCCUCUGUUCACUGUACAACGAGACCAAAGGGGGAACUAAACCAGGUCUAAACCAGGACUAAACCGGGACUCAAACCCCUCCUCAAGUCCACAAACUCCACACACACCAGUAACUUUUGCUUUUCGACCAGGGACUUUUUUUUUUUUUUUCCCCUAAGUGGAACAAUUGAACAAACUCUACUCACUACUUCCUGUUUUACCUUUUUGCUCUGGAAAAUUGCUGCAUGGUAUAUUUUUUAGACAAACUUAACGAGAUGUAAAUAAAGCGGACGUGGCGGCACAUGCUUUUAUAUUAAACCCCAAAAUAAGCUCACGGUUUUGCUGCUCGCUCGACACACUCCAACACGAUUCCACUCGCUCAUCGUUUUUCAUUCACAAAACAAAACACAACCCCGAGAUCGAGUGCUCAAUGGUCGUUUUUUGUUUUUUGUUUUUUUCAGUUUUGUGUCUUUGUAAUUUCAUUCCAUGUUACACCAUUUUCUGAUCUGUUUCUAAUGUUGUGUCCUCAUCACAAACGGACCUGGAGUUGUGUUUUGUUUUUUGAUUCUGCAGAUUUACGCUGGGGUCUUCUCUCAAACUGAAAAAAAACACUCUGUUCCACCUUGUGAUGUCAUCGUGUGGUGAUACAGGAAGUGCUCCGCUGUGUUUUUAAACUCCACACACCUUCAUUUAUAGAAUCAUUUGUUUCAUUUCAGUCCUGGAGUUGCCACUUAUCUCGACUGAACUAAAGGUAAAAGGAGCUGUUAACGUGAAAACUACCACUUGAUGACAUCACAAGGUGGAACAGGGUCACGCAAAACACAACUCCAGUUCUGUUUUUUGGAGGGAACAGCGUUAGAACAUGGAUCAAACCUCACAAGUGUCAGUUUUGUGUGAUAUAGGACCUUUUUAAAUCCUGUUUUUGCAGUUAAUCCAGAUGCUUUUUCCAUGUUGUCGUUAGCGUUCCGAAGGUGGGAACGCGUCCACUGUUUAUUCCGCCUCACGCCACGAGUGGAAGUGUGCACGGUCGAGAUUUUCAGAUCAAAAAUAUAUUUAGAAGCAAAACUUAUUAAAGAUUUAUUCAGAAUUAGAUUAAGACUACGACAGUUUAACGAGAUCUGAACCCCGAGAAAGAUGGGACUAAAACAGUACAAAUAUGACCCGAACCAGGACCGAACCAGGACUGAACCAGGACCGAACCAGGACCGAACCAGGACCGAACCAGGACCGAACCAGGACUAAAUGAGGACUAAAUGAGGACUAAACCAGGACUAAACCAGGACUUCUCUGAUCAGGUGUGAACAUAACGGGUCAUACUAAAAAUGUAUAAACCAAAACUAAACUAGGACUAAACCAGGACUAGGCCAGGAAACUAAACUAAACUAAACCUACACCCCUCCCCUCCUCCUCUAACCCUGAAACAGACUGUACAGCGCCACCACCGGCUUCUACUGAGAACUGCACCUCUCCUUUGUUCAACUAGGUCUUAACCAGGAACAACCAGGAUCAAACUUGGACAAAACCAGGUCUUAAACAGGACCAAGCUAGGACUCAACUAGGAUCAAACCAGGACUGGACCAGGACUGGACCAGGACUGGACCAGGACUGGACCAGGACUGGACCAGGACUGGACCAGGACUGGACCAGGACUAAACCCAAAUCUUAACCAGGACUAAAGUUGGACUAAUCUUCUGAUAAUCUACAUAAUAAACAUAUCUUGUUUCUCUGUGCUCUGUUAAAGCUUUACUGUGGAACUUUUCUGGUGGAGGAUACUCCACUUUCUUGUCUCCAUGGUUUCCUUAGAAUGUUCCUCAGUAGGGCAUUAAAACUUGACUCUUUGGCCUUUAUCCUGUUCUGAGGGUCACUGACUGUGACCAGGCUUGCCUCUUGUCUCCGUGGAGAUAGGUGUUUAAUGCUGUACUGUGGAAUAUUUCAGACGAGGCGAUAACGUCUCCAUAAAGCCAAACAGGAAGCGGACCCAACACCAGAAAAGUUCCAGAGUGUAGCUUUAAAUGGGUUGUAAACGUGGCGUCAGGCGGAGCGCUCCCUCUCAAAAUGGCCGCCUUUAAACUGUCAUGAAGCAGCAACGAAAUCCAAAGUGCCUUAGACCUCCAUGCAAGACCAAGACCGGGACCAGGACUAGGACCAGGACCAGGACCAGGACCAGGACCAGGACCAGGACUAGGACCAGGACCAGGACCAGGACUAGGACUAGGACUAGGACUAAGACCGGGACUAGGACUGAGUCAGAACUCAACCAGGAGUAGGACUAAACCUGGUUUACACUGGACCAGGGACUAGGACCAGGGACUAGGACCAGGGACUAGGACCAGGGACUAGGACCAGGGACUAGGACCAGGGACUAGGACCAGGGACUAGGACCAGGGACUAAACUAGACCAGGAACUAAACUAGACCAGGAACUAAACUAGACCAGGACUAAGUUUAGGUGUAAAUUGUCAUCUUGGACAAGACGGGUCUAUCCCAGGACUACAUCUGGACUAAACCAGGUCUGUCCCAGGACUAAAUCUGGACUAAACCAGGUCUGUCCCAGGACUACAUCUGGACUAAACCAGGUCUAUCCCAGGACUACAUCUGGACUAAACCAGGUCUAUCCCAGGACUACACCUGGACUAAACCAGGUCUAUCCCAGGACUACACCUGGACUAAACCAGGUCUAUCCCAGGACUACACCUGGACUAAACCAGGUCUAUCCCAGGACUACACCUGGACUAAACCAGGUCUAUCCCAGGACUACACCUGGACUAAACCAGGUCUAUCCCAGGACUACACCUGGACUAAACCAGGUCUGUCCGAGUUUAGCUUUAGUGUUUAUAUGAAAAGCGUGUAUAUUAUAAUAUUUAUUCUUACCCAUCCAUGGGCAUGUUCUCAUUCUGUCAAUAGAUGUUUUUUUUUUGUUUUUGUUUUUUUGUUUAUAAAAUAUUUUUGUAUUUGUGGCAGUGAGUUUGUGCUUCAGGACUAAACCACAUGGGGCAGAGAAGGAGACUUUUUCAAAUGUAUUUUUCUGUAUAGAUUGUACAUUGGUAUAUAUGUAUUAAGUGCUUAUUAUUAUUAUUAUGAUGCAGCAGUUGUGUUUUAGCCUCGGUCCAAAGUGCGAGACGGAGCACGGAUCGGACUAAAACAGGGCGAAUGGAAUGGGUCAAAUGUACAAACUUCAAAUUAAAGGUUUAUUAGGGUUUUUAAA